CUCCAACUCUGAAGGGUUUAAGCCUCAGAAAGUUGGAAGCAACGAAGAAAAACCAGAUUGACAGUGAAGAUUUCUGAAUCUGAUUGCGAUUUCUAGGCAUUCUCAGAAUGUUGCCCAGAUGGAGCAGGGCCCUUCCCCAUGUCCCAAAGCUGAGGUCUUUGAGUAGUAUGGAGUUCAGCGAAGAUGUUGGUAGAAUUCAGCGCCAAAGCUAUGCCAAGGUUGCUGCCGCAGCUGUGUCGCCGGCUGCUACUGAUUCCACGGGCAAGGGUGUUCCUACCAAAUCAACCGUCAAUUUGGAUAAGAUGUUCUGGUCUAAGCCUUGUUCAUUGGCUUUGGCUCCAGAUUCCCCACUCAGAAUUGAAGAGCCAAAGUAUGCGGGCAUCAAGUAUUUUAUCCUCAAGCUGAUGCUGUUCUACAGUAAGCAAAGCAAGUCUAUCCGAGGGGCAAAUGUGAUAUAUAAGCGGGUUAUUUCACAAGUUGAUAAACCUGCAAUAUAUGAAGUAUUUAACUUGGAGAAGACAUUCAAAAUGACAUUCUCAUUGCUUGUACUUCAUAUGUGGCUUAUUUUACGCUGCUUGAAGGAAGAGGGAAAAGACGGUGUUGAAUUAGGGCAAUACCUUUAUGAGAUCUAUAAUCAUGAUGUGGAGCUGAGAGUGUCUAAAGCUGGGGUUAACUUACUGUUGACAAAGUGGAUGAAAGAACUGGAGAGGAUAUUCUAUGGAAAUAUUGUUGCAUAUGAUGCUGCCUUGCUUCCAGAAGCCAAAAAGGAUGAGCUAACAAAUGUUUUAUGGAGGAAUGUCUUCUCUGACGAUGGUGCAUCAAAGCCAGAUGAUGCUGCAUUACGAGCUGCCCAGCUGAAUCUUUGUACUUGCUUGCAGGCAAUGGCACGGUAUGUCCACCGGGAAGUCAGUUGUCUGUCUUUAACUGAUAAAGAAGCCAUGUUUUCAGGGAACUUCAUGUUCACCUCGUUGGAGAAAACAUCAUCUGAUUCAACGAGAAGGUGAUGUUCAGACGCCAAUAUGGGAAUUGAGGGUAUUGGAGGCUGGUGCUUCAACCCAACAAACAAAGAAUGUUAGAAACACGGAACGAAGACAAGGGAAGAUAUUCCUGUGAAUUCAAUUGAGCUGAACUUCUAGAAGACUUAUAUAUUUUUGUUGGAAUUAACCAUUUUACCGGCUUUGAAUUAUUUAGUUAGUAAUUGGGGUUGAUUGAAAAAAAAAAAGGGUUACGAAUUAAAGGUUGAUGGAAGAAAUCUAAGUAGAUACAAGAGUUGGGAAAACGGAUUAACGGCUAAGUUUUUUUAUACAAGUUCUCUGAAGUAUUCUAUUAUUUCUAUGGAUCUAAAUAGAACUUAGAAGUGCUCACGCCGACACUAAACAUUUUGUCACUAUUACGGUGCCGGUGCCGAGCCGCACUAGGUUGAAACCAAGUGGCGGGAAGAAGGUUACAUUCCACGUACGUUUUGAAGGGUAUAUGGGGAUGGCUCUCAUAACUUCUUGUGCCCGUGUGCUCGUGACAAAGUCAUUCGUGGGCAUGGGAUAGGUUGCAUCCAAGGAAGUUUUCGAUUGGCUAUCUAAUGACCCUAAUAUACUUGUAGCUUUUAAAAUUAUCUGUAGACAUAGGAUGAUAUUAUCACACAUCAGGUAUAUGUAUGCCUCUAAUAAUUGUCAUAUAUAUGAACUUGAAACCAUGCACUCAUGUAUCUUCAUAUACAUAUAUAUGUGCAGUCAGAGCAAGAGCGAGAUCAUGAUGUUUCAAGGGAAGAAGCAGUGAAGUUUUUCCUCCAAGAAAUUAGAAAUGCAUGGAAAAUGAUUAAUGAAGAGUUUCUGAAGCCAACAGUUAUUCCAAUGCCUAUCCUGACACGCGUUCUCAACUUUGCUUGCGCAAUUGAUGUUGUAUACAAGAAUGGCGAGGGCUACUCAAAGACCUACUUGUUUAGGGACCAUAUUGCCUCGUUGUUUGUUGAUCCUGUUCCUCUUUGAGGGGUAUAUGUAGCAUUAC